CGUUCGGAUAACGGUAAAUGCCGCAACGGUCGUCGGACAACGUUCAAUCGUGCGCUCGCGCGUGUCGCCCGGUGAUUAAUAUUUCCGCACACGGUUUCCGGUUUUUUUUUUUGUUUAUUUUUUAUUUGGAUUUAGCUCGUUAACCGUCGUUCGACACCGCGCGCAGUCGCACUAUAACACCGUUUAAUUACUUUUCGAAAAAAAAAAAAAAACAACAGUAUAUUAUUGAAAUUCCGGUCGAAUCGGCUCCGCCACGGAGGAGGCUAUCUUCGCGGGUUCGCACGUCGUCCCUCUCGCGUACCUACCCAGUUCUCUGCACACGAGAAGGAGGCACCACUGACUUCUGGUAACGAUCACCGCGCGCGACGCGGAGCAGCACCACCCGCACCACCCGCAGCACCGGCACCAACACGAUCGGACGGAAUAGCACCCGUCGGCGGGAAAACCAACACGCACGAUGUGACCGCCGUCCGGGGGGCGGACGGCCACCAUGGACCCGCAGAUGUGGUGGUACGACACGGGAUUUGUACCAGGCGGUGUGCAGAUAGCUGCAGUCGUCGGUAACGGCACGUGCGGCGGAGGUGUCGGCGGCGGUGUCGGUGUCGACGGAGACGGCGGCGGCGGCGGCGGCCACAACAACAGCAGCGGCGGUGUCGGCGCAGUAGCGGCCGGUGCAGUCGGUUGCGCGAUCGGACCGGACAACAAGACGACGCACACGGUGGCCGGAGACGGGACGGCCGCUAUCGGCGGCGGUGGCGGCGACCUCGUCGGCGCUGGCGGGACGGCGGAAGAUGUGGCCGCCGCCGUGGGCCCCGUGCUCGUCAUCAAAACGGUGGCCAUGUGCUCGAUAAUAUUGUGCGCGGUGCUGGGCAACGCUCUGGUGGUGAUCAGCGUGGUACGGCACCGGAAGCUCCGCAUACUCACCAAUUACUACGUCGUGUCGCUGGCCUUCGCCGACUUCCUGGUGGCGCUGUGCGCCAUGUCGUUCAACGCCAGCGUCGAGAUCACCGGCAAGUGGAUGUUCGGGUACGUCAUGUGUGACGUCUGGAACAGCCUGGACGUGUACUUCUCCACCGCUUCCAUACUGCACCUGUGCUGCAUAAGCGUGGACCGGUACUACGCCAUCGUCAGCCCUCUUCAGUACCCGAUCACCAUGACGCAGCGCACCGUCCUGUACAUGCUGCUCAACGUGUGGACGCUACCAGCGCUCAUAUCGUUCCUUCCGAUAUUUUUCGGUUGGUAUACGACUGCCGAGCACCAGGCUUUCCGCCGGAAGAACCCCAUGUCGUGCGUGUUCGUCGUCAACCGGUACUACGCGAUCAUAUCGUCGUCUGUCUCGUUUUGGAUACCCGGCGUCGUCAUGAUCGUCAUGUACUACAGGAUUUACAAAGAAGCCGUUCGACAACGGCAAGCCUUGUCCCGGACGUCCAGUAAUAUAAUUCUGAACAGCAUACAUCAACACAGGAUUCAACACUAUAGUCAUAGAUUACGGCCUCCAGACAGCGAAAACAUGUCAAAUGGAAACGUUACGACGGCGAAGACCAGUACGAGUUGGAGGACCGAGCACAAAGCUGCUCGCACGCUGGGAAUCAUUAUGGGCGUAUUCCUAUUGUGCUGGUUGCCAUUUUUCCUUUGGUAAGAAUAUUAUAAUAUUAUACGCGUUACAUACCAUUGUGUCAUACUUUUUUUUUAUUCACUUUGACCAGAUAUUAAAAUAGUAUACAGGUACUAAAUUUACACUACUAUACUCUGCAAGAGCUGCAGCUGGCGUUGUUGCAGAUGUGCAUGCUCUACCGAACAUUAUUAAAAAUAAGUACUAUUCGUACCUGUUACAAUAAUUAUGAGUGUGUACGUGUACUAUUAAUUAAUAUACGGUGAAGUAUCGACGUACCAACUAUGAUCAAUAACACAUUAUUCAAAAUUGGUACACUCGAGAUGAAUAAAUCUGGUUACAUUUUCGUAUCAGUAUUCAGUCCAGUGCGCGCUCUAUUUAUAAAAAAAAACACAAGUCUCUCUGCUGAAUCCCAGUAUAGUAGGUUUUGAAAGUGUAUCACGUCAUUCCCGUCAUUGAGUAGGCCACUGUAUACUGUAUAGUAAAGGGUGUCAAAUAUGAAUUAAAUGAAAUCUUUGAAUACAAAAAGUGGUUCUGAUCGGAAUCUCAGAGUAUAUUUCUAAGUAUAUUUUAUAAUUUAUUUAUAUGAAUAUCAGUAAUCCG